UUCAGCCCUAAUUCAAUGCUUUACCAAACUCACCCUCCCCUUUUUAUUCCAAUUUCAUCCCUCACCCCCUUUACUUGUUCUAUCCUUUCUUCAACCUCAACCUCUCCCCUCUCUCUCUCCUCCUCUGCUCUCCUCCUCCCAACUCUCCCUCCCCAACAGGUUGGAACUGAAAUGGAAUGCGUGGAAGCGGCUCUGAAGACGAGUAUUAGGAAGGAGAUGGCCGUGAAGGUGAACGGCCCGCAGGCGGUGGUUUUUGACGACUUCUUGUGGGGCAGCGCCGUCGUCAACGGCCAAAACGCUUGCGACGAUUUCUCAGUCGACGACCUUCUCGACUUCUCGAACGAAAACGGGUUCUUUGAAACGGAGGGCGAGGAAGAAGACGAUAAGGAAAAAGUCAAGGCCGUUGUCUCUCUUUCUCCCCAGAAGCAGAACCAGGAGACGGAAAAGCCCAAUUUGUCGGAAAAAAAUGAACCGGCGAGCGAACUCAGCGUUCCGGCAGACGACUUGGUGAACCUCGAAUGGUUGUCUCAUUUCGUCGAGGAUUCCUUCUCGGAAUUCGCGACGGCCCUUCCGGCCGGGUUCGUGCCAGAGAAUCCCAAGUCCGAGAAGAGACCCGACCCGGAAACCGCUAUCCCGGAAAAGCCUUGUUUCAAGACUCCGGUUCCGGCGAAGGCUAGAAGCAAGCGGACCAGAACCGGCGGCCGGGUCUGGUCACUUGGCUCGCCGUCGCUCACGGAGUCCUCGAGUUCGAGUUCGUCGUCGUCUUCCUCCUCUCCUUCGAACCCCUGGCUCAUUUACCCUGCCACCCAGAACCAGGAACCGGGUGAACCGGUCUUGUCCGUGGAGAAGCCACCGAAGAAGCCGAAGAGACGACUGGUGGACGGAAGUUCGAGCCAGCCGCCGCGGCGGUGUAGCCAUUGUGGGGUCCAAAAAACCCCUCAGUGGAGAACCGGCCCAAACGGAGCCAAGACCCUCUGUAACGCAUGCGGGGUCCGGUACAAGUCGGGCCGGCUCUUGCCGGAGUACCGUCCCGCAUGCAGCCCGACGUUUUCGAGCGAGUUGCACUCCAACCACCACCGCAAAGUUCUAGAGAUGCGGCGGAAGAAGGAAGGCCCGGGCACCCCCGAACCCGGUUUGACCAGACCUCCGGUGGUGCCCAGUUUUUGAUUAGGAAGUAGUUCCACUAAAAAAGGUUGAAAGAUUAGUUAGCAAGUAGGGAAGAGAGGACAGAGUGAACCGGGGUUAGAUUAAACCCGGUUCUAACAGGCCGAGUUAGUGUACAUUUUUUCCGUUUCUUGCAUGGUGGUGGGUGCGGUAGGUUUGUAGGGGAUGUAACUGAUUAGGCAGGAGAAUUUACUAGUUUACUUAAUAUGUACUUAAUUUUAAAUUAUAUUCUUUGUCGGUUUAAUUUGCUAAA